ACUUGACUCGCUGUUUACGUCUACAACGUACACAGCGAGUCAAGUUAGCAUAUAUGCGCUAGUAACAGCUGACAUCUGAUUGUCAAAACAGUUUCAGGCGUUAUCUAUGAAAACAAUUCCUUAAUACAACAGAAGCAAACGUAAUAUAUAAACAUAGACAAGAUAUAAAUAACAUUUAACGCAGUGCAAAGACUGAGUAGUACUGCGACGUUAUUUUCUGGGUAAAAUUCUUGUCUUAAGCUAAGGCUAUUAAAUGGAAAUGGAUCAGGCUCCUUUAAAUAAAGCUCAUCAGCUGGAACGUAAAGCUCAACUGCUGGAGAAACAGGAAAAUCUGGAUCAAGCAAUUGUUUGCUAUUCGGAGGCUCUUGAGCUCUAUCAGAAAUGUUUUGAGUUAACGAAAAAUCAAAUUGCUUUGGACUCCAUUAAUCUGCAGAAAGAAAAAGCCGAAAGACAAGUUCGCAUAUUGCAAAUAAAAAAGUCCUACUUAGAGAGGACAGCAAAAGACCGACUAUUACCUCGAAGCACAGGAACUAUUACCUCCAGAUGCUUUCAAGUAGACACAAUUGACAAUUUGCAAGACAGGAUAUUUAAGAAUCUGGAAUCUCACGAUUCAUUGAUAUGUUAUCUGGCUGACAGAGGUAUUAUUAACAGUUCAGACAGACAUUGCCAUAGCCCUAUUGAGGAGGAUGAAGAAAACGGUGAAGCUCCUUUGAUCGUUGGAAGCAAACAUCCAAAAUCUGAUUCUGUUGUAAUUGAAGAACUAAGGGAACUAAGUGGUCAACUCAAAGAUUUUGUUCAAGGACUGUUGAUUGAUUUAGCUGAGAGAAAAAAUCAAAUUCAUCUACUUAAACAGCAUGUUCUUAAAAAAUCGGAACUUGAUCAUGAUCAUAAAGCAGAUUUGCUUAUUGCACUGGAUGACAGAAAUAUAUUGAUUGAUGAUUUGAAGGCGCAAAUUACGGACCUCGAAUUAGAGAAAUCAUGCAGUCAAGUUGCAGCUGCUGAUCUGAGGCCCGAAUAUGCAGAAUUGCAGUCCUUCCCUAAAUUAGAAAGUUUAGUCAUGCCUCCAUUAGAUGUUACCACCUUCAAAAAGUUUAGCAUCCCAGAGGUUAGUUCCCGACUAUUGAGAAAGGAUGAUUAGUUGAGAGAUAUUUAUUAAUAUUGCUAAUAUUAUUAUUCGCGUUUAAUAGUAUUUUUAUUUAAAAUUUUAUUUUCAACUUUAUAAUCUAACUUCGAUGCCGACAUUUGAUAAGUAAAUAGUUAGUUAAUUUAAACAAACAAUUUAUAUGUAGAACACAAUAAUUAUUUGAAUAUAGAAAUAUUCCAUA